GCGUGGCCUCGCCCUCCCGGAACUGGCGGGCGCCGCGGCGGUUCGAGCCAUGGAGGUCCUUCCCGUGGGCAGGACGUGGGACCCGCAGCAAGCCGAGGAGGCGGCGGGGCACCCGGCGGGCGAGGGCGACCCGGAGCCGCAGCCCGACGGCCGCACGAGCCGCACGGCGUCCCUAGUGAGCGGGUUGCUCACGGAGCUCUACAGCUGCACGGAGGAGGAGGAGGUGGCAGCCGGUGGGGACCCUGCGUCCCAGGGCCGCCCCCCGCGCAGGGACAGCCUGGACAGCUCUACGGAGACCUCGGGUUCCGACGCAUUCCUGGGCGGCCGCGGCGCUGGCGACUCCCGAGUGCUGCAGGAGCUCCGGGAGCGGCCGAGCUUGCGGCUCCAGACGCAGUACCUGCAGCGGAAAGACUCCAGUGAGCUGAAGACCAUUCUUCGAGAGCUAAAGUACAGGAUUGGCAUCCAGUCGGCAAAGUUACUCCGGCAGCUGAAGCAAAAAGACAGGCUUCUGCAUAAAGUUCAGAAGAACUGUGACAUUGUGACAGCAUGCCUGCAGGCUGUGUCACAGAAGAGAAGAGUUGAUACAAAAUUGAAGUUCACACUUGAGCCAUCUUUGGGUCAAAAUGGUUUUCAGCAGUGGUAUGAUGCUCUCAAAGCAGUGGCCAGACUGUCAACGGGGAUCCCGAAGGAAUGGCGGAGAAAGGUUUGGUUGACCUUGGCGGAUCAUUAUUUGCACAGUAUAGCCAUCGACUGGGACAAAACUAUGCGCUUCACUUUCAACGAGAGAAGCAACCCCGAUGACGACUCAAUGGGGAUUCAGAUCGUAAAGGAUCUGCAUCGCACGGGCUGUAGUUCCUACUGUGGCCAGGAGGCGGAGCAAGACAGGGUGGUACUAAAGCGGGUGCUACUGGCUUACGCUCGGUGGAACAAGAACGUUGGGUACUGCCAAGGCUUCAACAUCCUGGCUGCCCUCAUUCUGGAAGUGAUGGAAGGCAAUGAGGGGGACGCGCUGAAGAUUAUGAUUUACCUGAUUGAUAAGGUACUCCCUGAAAGCUACUUUGUCAAUAAUCUCCGGGCACUGUCUGUGGAUAUGGCUGUCUUCAGAGAUCUCUUAAGACUGAAGCUCCCUGAGCUGUCUCAGCACCUCGACACUCUUCAGAAAACGGCAAACAAAGAGAGCGGAGGUGGAUACGAGCCCCCACUCACCAACGUCUUCACGAUGCAGUGGUUCCUCACGUUGUUUGCCACGUGCCUCCCGAACCACACGGUUCUGAAGAUCUGGGACUCAGUGUUCUUUGAAGGUUCAGAGAUCAUCCUGAGGGUGUCGCUGGCUAUCUGGGCAAAGCUGGGAGAGCAGAUAGAAUGUUGUGAAACAGCAGAUGAAUUCUACGGCACCAUGGGGCGUCUUACCCAGGAGAUGCUGGAGCAUGAUCUCCUGCAGAGCCAUGAACUCAUGCAGACAGUUUACUCGAUGGCCCCGUUCCCUUUUCCGCAGUUGGCAGAGUUGAGGGAAAAGUAUACCUACAACAUUACGCCAUUUCCAGCCACAAUUAAGCCCACUUCAGUUUCUGGGCGACACAGUAAGGCCAGAGAUAGUGAUGAUGAGAAUGGCCCAGAUGAUGAGGAUGCUGUCGCUAGUGCUGUGGGGUGCCUUGGACCACUCAGUGGGCUCCUGGCACCUGAACUGCAGAAGUACCAAAAGCAGAUUAAAGAAGUGACUGAGGGACAGACCCUGAGAUCAAACAACAUCGCAGAACUGAGCCCAGGAGCCAUCAAUUCCUGUCGAAGUGAGUACCACGCAGCCUUCAACAGUAUGAUGAUGGAGCGGAUGACCACGGACAUCAACGCCCUGAAGCGGCAGUACUCUCGAAUUAAGAAGAAGCAGCAGCAGCAGCUCCAUCAGGUGUACAUAAGGGCAGACAAAGGGCCAGUGACCAGCAUCCUCCCAUCUCAGGCAAAUAGCUCUCCAGUGAUCAACCAUCUUCUUCUAGGGAAAAAGAUGAAAAUUACAAACAGAGCAGCCAAGAAUGCAGUCAUCCACAUGCCUGGCCAUGCAGGAGGAAAAAUACCUCCGGUCCCCUAUGAAGACAUUAAGACAAAGCUCAACUCUCCAUGGCGGACUCACAUCCGAGUCCACAAAAAGAACAUGCCAAGGACCAAGAGUCAUCUGGGCUGUGGAGACACCAUAGGGCUGAUAGAAGAACAGAGUGAAGGCUGUAAGGCCAGCAGCUUGGGGGCAGCUGAGGAGUUUCCUUCCGGUUGUGCAGUAACAGCUCACAGUGAAGGCAGCAGCGGUGAUGGUGACCGGGGCACUCCGAGGAUGAUCGAAGGGCAGUCUCCUGAGCCAGUAUUUGGGGAUGCUGACGUUGAUGUGGCUGCAGUUCAGGUGAAAUUAGAAGCCUUGGAACUGAAUCAAAAGGAUGCCAUGGCAGAAACUGAGCCCAAGGGGCAGUUUCCCUGCCAGCGGCACACCCCAGAGUUAGCCGAUGCCCCUGGAGAAAACCAGACUGCCAGCAAACCUCUCCCGGGAAGCAACUCAAAAACCCCCAUCUUCAGCCCCUUUCCCAGUGUCAAGCCACUGCGAAAGUCAGCCACGGCCAGGAAUUUGGGGUUAUAUGGCCCCACAGAAAGAACCCCAACCAUGCACUUCCCUCAGAUGAGCAGGGGCUUCAGCAAGUCGGGCAUUGGGAACAGCAGCACCAAGAAGCGAUGACGCCUCCCAGUGGCUCAGCGUCUAGACUCAUGUGGUAGGGCAGCCUAAGCGCGCUAGCUUCGCCCUUCCUGUUUCAUUUGUCUAAUAAGAAUGAACUGAGAGGUUCAGAGCUGAGCACCAUCAGCCCCCAUCCAAACGGGAACCGGAAGUUCCAUGGUGGGGACCCCAUGGGACCUUUCCCCAUCUGCUGGGUAACUGGUAAAGUGGAUUCUUGUGACUAAAUAAAUCUCGUGCUU